AUGGACAGGAAGGCGAAUUGGGGUUAUACGGCCCUGCUAAUAUGGCUUCUGGCACCAGAUACAGCUUUAUGUUUUCCGAAACCUACGGGAUCAGUUACGGAACCGACAAGUACCGCCUCAUUCAAGACCCAGUAUCCUCCAGACAACGGGAGACUUCUCAUUCCAGAGACCACAGGAUUCUACCCAACCAGUCUUGAGCGUGACGUUCGUGGAGUCUCACCAGAGAGAACGCCAUAUUUGGGAUUUGACGGCUUGAUUGAUUGGUUUCUGUCUGACAGUGGUUUCCAAGCAGCAGAGCCUACUAUCACAGGCCUACCGACUGCACCAGAAACAACGAUUUCAAAUCCUGGCCCUACCAAAAAGCCUGAGCCUACCAAAAACGCAGAGCCUACAAAAAACACAAAGCUGGCACCGACCACCGAAAAACACGGAAAUCCAUCGUAUUCGUCAACUCCGAAGGGAAGAGAGCCUGCGCCACAUACGAAAGGAGGUUCCAAAGCCACUGGAUUCCCACGACCAUCAAUGGAGGGACAAGAUGUUUUCUUGCCAGUCGCAACUGGCGGUAUCCCGAGCAGUAUCAUAGCCAGGGAUGACCACCCAGUACCGAGGACAAAUAUUGGCAACACUACGGACCCAAUAGAGACAAACAAGUUUUACAGCGGACUGUUCCUUGGAACUCAAACAAACGGCACAUUUACCCAUCCGUACAACAUCGCGUGGGCCAAGGGCAACGGCAAUGCUGGCAGCUAUGGCAUGUCCGUCUCGCACACCGAAAAGAACGUGCUGGCAGAGGGUCCGCCCAAUGAUAAGAUCCCAGGCCACCCGGUGUCUUUCUAUGUGAAUCCUGUUGGAAUCCAGUCUAUGAUCCUUUCGGCAGCAGAAUUGAGAGACGGCACGGUUCUGACGGCAGAAGACCCAAAGCCAUUUUCGGCUAACGCUGUCUUGCGCCCGCAUCCCGGAUCGCACCAGAACAUUACUUUCCCUCUCGUUCAAGGCAUGGGAUUCUUGACCGGAAUCUACACUGAUCUGCAACCAUUGGUCCAGACUGGUGUUCUAUACCAGAAGGUCGUUUCCGCAGGGAGCCCGAAGCCGGGUAUCUUCAAAUACCAAGCGUACCUGGAAGAUGGCAAUAUGUGGCUGAUUUAUGCUAUUCCGGACGACGGCAAAGAUCCCAACUUCAAGCUUGACUCGCACACUGACCUGCGGGGCCCCCAGGGGUGGUCUGGUACGAUUCAGGUUGCGAAGAACCCGCAAGGAUCAAGCAGCGAAAAGCUCUAUGACAACUCGGCCAGUGUUUUUGCAGUCCACGGUGUGUUAUCCGGGGCAGUAUCCCAGGAUACGGGAGUAUACAACCUGGGAUGGGCAAAGGCGGGCAAAUAUGCUAAAGAUACGCCGUUGAUUAUGUUCGCGCUGCCUCAUCACGUUGAAUCGUUCGAUGAUGCAACCAAGGGCCGAUUGACCAGCAUUCAACUGCGGACCACCACCAAAGGCAACGCUACGGCCGUCAUUGGCGAACAAUGGACAUUGAUUGAGUCAGAACUGCCGAUCAGUAUGGACUUUGCUCCGUGGGUCCAGAAUGGAAACAACCUUUCACCAUCGGCGAAAAAGGUUCUCCUUGAUAUCGCGCCCAAGGACCUUGGGGAGGACAUCGAUAAGCAGUCGGACCUCAACAGCAUGUAUUUCAGCGGUAAAGCACUUAGCAAGUUCGCUACGGUCAUCUACGCCGUUAGUGAACUGGGUGGAAACCCGGGCCUUGCGGCUGAUGCCCUCGAUAAGCUGAAGAAGAGCUUCGCCCGGUUUAUCAACAACCGUCAACAAUUUCCCCUGGUAUACGACAACGUGUGGAAGGGCGUCGUAUCAUCUGCAAGCUAUGGCGGCGAUGUUGGAGCAGACUUUGGAAACACUCUGUACAAUGACCACCACUUUCACUACGGAUACUUCAUCCACGCUGCUGCCAUUAUCGGAACGCUGGAUCCCGAGUGGCUGAAGACCAGCAAAGAUUGGAUCAACACGUUGGUGCGGGAUGCAAGCAACCCGGUGGCUGAUGACCCUAAUUUCCCGUUCUCGCGGGCGUUUGACUGGUUCCACGGUCACUCGUGGGCCAAAGGCUUGUUCGAGUCUUUUGAUGGCAAGGACCAGGAGUCGACAUCGGAAGACACGAUGUUUGCUUACGCGCUCAAGAUGUGGGGUAAGACUAUUGGUGAUAAGAGUAUGGAGGCGCGUGGGAAUUUGAUGCUUGGUGUUUUGCGACGCAGUCUGCAAAACUACUUCCUUUUGGAGAAAGAGAAUAUUAACCAUCCGCCGGAGUUUGUCCCGAACAAGGUGACUGGUAUUCUGUUUGAGAACAAGGUGGACCACACGACCUACUUUGGGGGCAACAUGGAGUACAUUCAUGGAAUUCAUAUGCUGCCCCUCCUCCCGGCGUCAUCGUACGUACGCAACCGCAAAUUCGUGACCGAGGAGUGGAACGCAUUGUUUGCAUCGAACGCCAGCACUCCGGCAGACAAAGUUGAGGGUGGUUGGCAGGGUGUGUUGUAUGCAAACCUGGCGUUGAUCGACCCAGUUACCUCGUGGAAAUACUUUGCGCGCGAUGGAUUUGAUUACGCCUCAAUUGACGGAGGCGCCAGUCGUACGUGGUACUUGGCAUUCGCGGCUGGUAUGGGAGGAUGUCGUGAGUAA